AUGUCCGCCAUCGUUUCCAAGGCCACCGGUCUUUUCAACAGCGCUGUCGCCAAGUCCACCCAGCUCGCCAACUGCGCCGUCUACUGGGGUAAGGUCGGUGCCGAGGUCGGCAAGAUUGUCUACAAACAGGAGGGUCUUGCUCCUCCUUCCCAGGCCCAGUUCAAGCAGGUUUACAACAACUUUGUUAAGUUCUUGCAGACUCCUUCCGAGCAGAAGGCUGCUUUGGAGGCCGUGACCAAGUUCCAGCCAAACAAGCAGAACUUGUCUCAGUUAGGUAUCUACUCCAUCCACGUUUUGGCUUUCUUCUCUGUGGGAGAGAUCAUUGGCAGAAGAUCCUUGUUUGGCUACCCUGUUGCUCACGCCGAGCACCACUGA